CCUCCUGCAUAGAUAUUCCAUAGUUUAUCAGUAACACAAAAUUCUCUGUUCUGUCUGAGUCAUUAUGAAUCAGAGCGAGCGAUACGGCAAAUAAAAAUAAAUUUAUGACAAAAUUUAAAAUCUGACUUGACACAAAAAAAGAUGUUGAAAGUUGGGGAUGAUUGAAAAAUUUUAAAUACUAUAUAUAAACAGUAUUAAGUCAUUAUAUCUAGUUUACUACCAAUUGAAUAGUUCAUAAGUGUGUUGACAUCGUCAGAAUCUAAGGACAAUGUCAGACUUUUGGUUAAAUUAUUUGGAUAAUCCAACGUUAUCUGUUUUACCGCAUGAUUUUUUAAAGCCUGCCAAUAACCAAUCGGUUGAAGCAACUCAUUCCUUUGAAUUGGACUCCGAGAUUGACUUCAAUCACGGUUUAGCUACGUUUGGUGCUUUGAUUUACAGAUUGACAGGGGAUGAAGAUAUUGUGAUUGCUACGGAUGUGGAAGAAUCUAAUCCUGCUUUCAUUAUAAGAUUGAAUUUAACUCCUGAAUUAACCUUUUCAGAUUUAAUUGCAAAAGUAUCUCAAGAAUUUGAAGUCAAUUCAAAACAUGUUAAUUAUAAUUCUUUAUCAGAAAUAUCUCAAAGUAUCAAAUCAGCUAAGAAAUUAGAUGAAAACCCUCCAUUAUUUAGAUUAUCUUAUCAACAUGCUCAUGCAAAUCAACAAUUAUCUACUACUGUGGAAGGUUCCAUUAGAGAUUUAGCUAUUUUCACUGAUGGUAAGAAAUUCUCCAUAUAUUACAAUGCAUUAUUAUAUACUCAUGAAAGAAUUGUGAUAUUAGGUGAACAAUUCACUAGUUUUAUCAAUGCUACUGCUAAAGAUUUAAAAUCAACCAUAACUAAAGUUAAUUUAAUCACUAAAUUCCAAAAGGGUCACUUACCAGAUCCAACUCUUGAUUUGGAUUGGUCAGGAUUUAGAGGUGCUAUUCAAGAUAUAUUCCAAAAGAAUGCUGAAGAUCAUCCUGAAAGACCAUGUGUAGUUGAAACUAAAUCCUUUUUAGAUCCAUCAACUAAGACUCGUACUUUUACUUACAAACAAAUCAAUCAAGCUUCUAAUAUUGUAGGAAAUUAUUUAAAGGAAACAGGUAUCAAGAAAGGAGAUAUCGUCAUGAUUUACGCUUAUCGUGGUGUUGAUUUAAUGAUUGCCGUAAUGGGUGUUUUAAAAGCUGGUGCUACCUUUUCUGUCAUCGAUCCAGCUUAUCCACCUGCUAGACAAAACAUUUAUCUUUCCGUUGCUAAACCAGCUGGUUUAAUCGGUUUAGAAAAAGCUGGUACUUUAGAUUCAUUAGUGGUCGACUAUAUCAAAGACGAAUUAAAUGUCAUUACAACCAUUCCUCAAUUAAAAGUUAAUGAUGAUGGUUCUUUAGUUGGUGGUUCAUUAGAAGGUCAACUUGAAGAUUGUUUAACCACUUAUCAAUCAUUUGCCGAUAAACCAACUGGUGUCAUCGUUGGUCCUGAUUCUAAUCCAACUUUAUCAUUCACUUCAGGUUCUGAAGGUAUUCCAAAGGGUGUAUUAGGUCGUCAUUAUUCCUUAGCCUACUACUUCCCAUGGAUGUCCCAAAGAUUUGGAUUAUCUAAUAAAGAUAAAUUCACUAUGCUUUCUGGUAUUGCCCAUGAUCCAAUUCAAAGGGAUAUGUUCACUCCAUUAUUCUUAGGUGCCCAAUUAUUAGUUCCUACUGCUGAUGAUAUUGGUACUCCAGGUAAAUUAGCUGAUUGGAUGGCUGAAUAUGGAGCUACUGUGACCCAUUUAACUCCAGCUAUGGGUCAAUUAUUAAGUGCCCAAGCUUCCACUCCAAUUCCAACCUUGCAUCAUGCUUUCUUCGUGGGUGAUAUUUUAACCAAAAGAGAUUGUUUAAGAUUACAAACCUUGGCUGAAAAUGUAUUCAUUGUGAAUAUGUAUGGUACUACUGAAACCCAAAGAUCAGUAUCAUACUUUGAAAUUAAAAGUCGUAAGUCAGAUGCAACUUAUUUAAAGAACUUGAAGGAUGUCAUGCCAGCAGGUACAGGUAUGUAUAAUGUUCAAUUAUUAGUUGUGAAUAGAAAUGAUAGAUCUCAAACUUGUGGUGUUGGUGAAGUUGGUGAAAUUUAUGUUAGAGCUGCUGGUUUGGCUGAAGGAUAUAGAGGAUUACCAGAAUUAAAUAAAGCCAAAUUCGUUACUAAUUGGUAUGUUGAUCCUAAAGAAUGGAUUAAACAAGAUGAAGCUAACUCCAAAAAUGAAAACUGGAGAUCUGAAGGUUGGUUAGGUCCAAGGGAUAGAUUAUACAGAACUGGAGAUUUAGGUCGUUAUUUACCUGAUGGUAAUGUGGAAUGUUGUGGUAGAGCCGAUGAUCAAGUUAAAAUCAGAGGGUUUAGAAUUGAACUAGGUGAAAUUGAUACUCAUUUAUCUCAACAUCCAUUAGUUCGUGAAAAUGUGACUUUAGUUAGAAGAGAUAAGAAUGAAGAACCAACUUUGAUUUCUUAUAUUGUUCCAAAGGAUUCACCAGAAUUAAAAAAUUUCAAAUCUGAAACCCAAGACAAUGAUGAAGAAGAUCACGAUCCUAUUGUUGAAGGGUUGGUUGCCUAUCGUGAAUUAAUCAAAGACAUUAAGAGUCAUUUAAAGAAAAGAUUAGCUUCAUAUGCUGUUCCAACUAUCAUUGUUCCAUUAGUUAAAUUACCAUUAAAUCCAAAUGGUAAAGUUGACAAACCAAAAUUACCUUUCCCAGAUACUGCUCAAUUAGAAGCUGUGGCAAAAUUAAUCAGUAAAAACAAGGUAGCCGGGGGAUCUGAAUCUACUGAACAAGAACAAUUGAAUCAAUUAGAAUCUCAAAUUGUCGACUUAUGGUUAGAAGUCUUGCCUAACAGACCAGCAUCAAUCGCCAAGGAUGAUUCCUUCUUUGAUUUAGGUGGGCAUUCGAUCUUGGGUACCCGUAUGAUUUUCGAACUAAGAAAAAAGCUUAAUAUAGAAGUACCAUUAGGUGUUAUAUUCAAGAACCCAACUGUUGAAAGUUUCGCCAAGGAGGUUGAAAAAAUAAUAAAAGGUGAAGAAGUGCAAUUAGCCGAUGGUGGUAACACUGGUGAAGAAGAACAGUCUACUGAGGUUAUUGAUUACGCUAAGGACGCAGCAGACUUAACCGCAUCUGCGUUGUUGCUGUCAUAUGAAUCCUUGAAAAAAUUGGAUACUUCUAAGGCGAUAAAUGUGUUUCUUACCGGUGCAACUGGUUUCUUGGGUUCGUUUAUUCUUCACAAUAUUUUAACUUCUAGACCUGAUUUAAAAUUCAAAGUAUUUGCCCACGUAAGAGCAUCUAGUGUCGAGGCUGGUUUAGAUAGAUUACGCCAAACUGGUAAAACUUAUGGAAUUUGGGAUGAAAAAUGGGUUUCCCUGAUUGAAGUAGUUUUAGGUGAUUUGUCAAAAUCCAAAUUUGGUUUAAGUGAUGAAAAAUGGUCAACUUUAGCACAAACUAUUGAUGUUAUAAUUCAUAAUGGUGCUUUUGUCCAUUGGGUUUAUCCUUAUUCUCAAUUAAGAGAUGCUAAUGUGAUUGGUACUAUCAAUGUAUUAAAUUUAUGCGGUGAAGGCAAAGCAAAAUAUUUUUCAUUUGUGUCCUCAACCUCAUCAUUGGAUACCGAUUUUUUCGUCCAUUUAUCAGAUGAAUUAUUAGCUCAAGGUAAAGAUGGUUUAUCUGAAUCUGAUGAUUUAUCAGGAUCAGCUAAAGGGUUAGGUAAUGGUUAUGGUCAAUCCAAAUGGGCGGCUGAAUAUAUCAUCAGACAAGCUGGUAAGAGAGGUUUAAGAGGUUGUAUUACUAGACCUGGUUAUGUUACUGGUUAUGGUAAGACUGGUGCUUCUAACACUGAUGAUUUCUUAUUAAGAAUGUUAAAGGGUAGUGCUGAAUUAGGCUUAUAUCCAGAUAUUAACAAUAAUGUUAAUAUGGUUCCAGUUGAACAAGUGGCUAGAGUUGUAGUUGCGACUGCUUUCCAUCCACCACAAGAUGAUGAAUUAGCAGUAGCUCAUGUUACAGGACAUCCAAGAAUCAAGUUUAAUGAUUUCUUAGGCACGUUAAAGAGUUAUGGUUAUGCUGUUGAAAAGGCCGAUUAUCCAACGUGGAGAAGUGCAUUAGAAAAGUUUGUUAUUGAAGAAAGUAAAGAAUCAGCUUUAUUCCCAUUAUUACAUUUCGUGUUAGAUAACUUACCUCAAGAUACCAAAGCUCCUGAAUUAGAUGAUUCCAACGCUGCUAAAUCGUUAAAAUUAGAUGCACAAUGGACUGGUCAAGAUUAUAGUUCUGGUAAGGGUAUUGAUGAAGAACAAAUGGGUAUUUAUAUUAGUUAUUUAAUCAAGACUAAAUUCUUACCUGCCCCGACUGAAGCUGGUAAAUCCAAAUUACCAAUAGUGGAAGUUAGUCAAGAAUCAUUAGAUUUGAUUGAAGGUGGUGCUGGUGCUCGUUCAUCUGCUGCCAAGUAGACUUACUCACAUGCAUAGACUAUCCAGUCCUCCUACUUAAUUAUAUAGUUUGUACAUUAAAAAUUAGUAAAUAUAGAAAUCAUUAUUGCAAGACCUUGUUGU